AUGCCAGAAAGCAACCGAUUGAGCCGUUACGAUCAGCUCAAGGCUAUCUUUUCCAGGACUUCUAGCCAAGAGCGCGAGAUCAAGGACGAUGCAACAUCCGAAUCUACACUCGUCCCACGACAGACAAAGAAAAAAAGCUACAAGAAGCGUGACAUCCCCCAUAAUUAUAAUGGUAAGCCCCUCAACCCUGAUCUAAUGACAUGCCACAUCAGCUAA